GGUGAAUAGAGAGCACACAUAGUAGGCGAAAGCCCGCGGGGUCGUUCAUGUACAUCGUGCAGCUAAUUAUAAUAGUGUUCAGGGGGGUUGGCACGGUGCAUCCAACGGUGGGGAUAGAGGGGGGCGGUCACCACCGACCUCACGCAGUCUCUCACGUUGCCUACGGAACCGCUGUGUCCUGCACACACAUUGUUACACCGAGAGCCUUCCUCUACCCAUACGCUCUGGACACGACGAGAGUAUACACUUCCGAUUCAACGCCGGUUACUUCCCAGUGCCGUACCAGUGACCGGCGAUUUUCCCGCUUUUCCGCUACCCUCAGUGCCCAGUGCUCCACUACCGACCAACGAAGUGCCGCGAUAAAACUUCCCACGUACUUAUAUACUUAAACUCCACAAGUGUCGUGGUGAUAUCGUCGCGAAAUAACUUACCUACCCUUCCGGAGUUGCUAUAUCGUCGCGAAAAAACGCUAUUUAAUCUACAAAAUCUUCAAGUGUUGGUUAGUUUAUUCAUUAUCAAAUUCGUCAUCAGAACUUUUUCGUUUAUUGAUUUUUUCGUUAUUAUCUUGUGCCAAAAACAUUGUUAGUGGUGAUAUCAUCGCGAAAAACUCUACUUAACCUACAAAGCCUUUAAAUGUGGUGAUAUCGUCGCCAUCAAACUCAUUAACAUACAAAUAGAUACUACCGAAGUGCGCCUCUACUCCGUACCUGUUAUGUUUACUUGAUUAGACUAUCGUGGGUGGUUUUUCAAGAUGGAGGACGGCUGGGAAUCCCACGUACCCCCUUUGAUGAUGGGCGUAGGGAUGGGCGACAUGCAGGACAUGGGGGAGAUUUCUGGAGAGAUGGGUAUGCAACAGCAGCAUCAUCACGAGAUGAGCGCGCAUAACGAUCUGAGCCAAGAUUUGGAGCAGGAUUUGAGGCAUCACGAUAUGAGAUCGCAUCACGGUGAUAGCGGUGAUUAUUAUUCCCAUCAGCUGCUGGUAUCAGGCCAACCGACUACGAACUCGGGUUCCUCUCCGGUAUCAGGAGGCGGUUCUCUCAGUCCCGGCGGAUCAGCGGGAAUUCCGGGAGCUUUAUCGCCCGGAGGCACCUCGUCGACCGGCCCGACGCAAUGUUGUGAAUCGGGGAGACCUCUGGUGACCGACCCCGUCACUGGUCAAAGCGUGUGUUCGUGCCAGUACGAUUCGGCCAGGUUGGCAGCGUUGCAGUACCGAAACGCCAGCGUCGGGGUGUAUGGCACCCCUUACCCUUCCACCGACCAGAACCCGUAUCCCAGCAUAGGAGUUGAAAGCUCGGCUUUUUAUUCGCCUUUGAAUUUUUAUUUGCAGGGAAACCCCUACGGCCUUAAAGAUGCGGGAGGGGCGGCUGACAUGUCAGCGUGGACGAGCGCUGGCCUCCAACCUACCACCGGGUAUUAUCCUUACGAUCCCACGUUAGCGGCAUACGGAUACGGAGCUGGUUACGAUCUGGCGGCGAGACGCAAAAACGCUACCAGAGAAUCGACGGCGACGCUAAAAGCGUGGCUGAAUGAACACAAAAAGAAUCCUUAUCCGACCAAAGGAGAAAAAAUCAUGUUGGCGAUCAUCACCAAAAUGACCUUAACGCAAGUGUCAACGUGGUUCGCGAAUGCCAGGCGAAGAUUGAAGAAGGAAAACAAGAUGACGUGGGAGCCGAAGAACAAAACUGAUGAUGAUGAUGACGCUUUGGUGUCCGAUAGCGAUGAUAAGGAUAAGGAUGAUGAUGAGAAAAGGGAUGAAACAGACAUCCACGGCAGGAUAAAAUCCGAACGGAACAAGGACUUGGACGACGACGAUAUGACGGACGAAGACAGAAAGGACGACAUCCUCAACACCAACAUGCACCACAUACUCGGCAACGGCUUCGGCAUGAAAUCCGAAUUGAAAUCCUCGGAUUGCGGCGUACCCCUACCUCCCUCCAAACCAAAAAUCUGGUCGCUGGCAGACACGGCGGCCUGCAAAACGCCCCCGCCACCUCCAGCGUCGCAACAGUGGUUGGGCAGCAACGGGUUCGCAUUGCCGAGUUCGCGGUACGGCGGCAGCGGGUUCCUGCCUAGUCAUUGUCAGCAGGGGUUCCCCGACGUCCAGACGGACACCCCACCGCAAACGCCUCCCAGUAUGAAACUGCCUAGUGUAGCCGGUAACCUCAUCCCUGGACAGGGGCCUUGCAUAGGGACGUCUGCAGGAAACGGAGGGUACGCGCAAAGCGGGUUCUUGGGGGGAUUCGGAAGGUUACAGUCGCCGCAAAGGGGUCCCGUGAAUCAGUCGAAUCAGAUGCCUGCGCCUACAUCCGAUAACGCUGCCUUCAAACCCUUCUAUAAAAGUUCCCAAAGCAUGAACGGAGGGUUCGUGUCGCCAGUAUGAGCCGCUCCCUACUGGGCCCUGUCGUCCCAUCUAUCAGAUUGGGAAGCGACCUCCACGUUAGCGACAAACCACGGGCAAAGUGCAAGAUAAACAAAUAUACGGUGUGAGUGAACGGGUAUCGACUCGUUGUACAAUUUGUGUAAAUGCAUUUAUUUAUAUCUGUGAUAAAGAACAAAAAAGGAAUGUCUGAAAAAAGAAGAAGAUGAAGAUAAAGAAGAUCCUGCAAGCGACGCUAGUGAAUGGGUCCCGAACUAGUUUCUGGUCAAAAUAGAAAUUGCUCGCACUUUUAAACAAUUUGUAAACAUUGUUGUAUACCAUCACGAGUUAUACGUGCGUGGGGGGCUUGAAGUUGUCAGUUAUAUGUGUAUUUUUGUUCUAAUGGUUUAAAAUUAGUACUAAAUAGAUUGGAGCUAUUUAAAACCAUCAUAAAUAUCGUUACUUUGAUUGGGUAUAGAGUUUGUAUUUAUGGGUGCUCUGAUGAUUGUAAUAAAAAUAGAAAAUAUUUGUUUUAAAUAAAAAUUUUAUUUUUGUUGUCUAACACAUGAAAUUUAGAGCAAAAAAUUCCAGUAAAUUUUCAGAUUCUUUACAAAGUGGGAUAAAAAGUAAAAAAUGGGUUUUAGCUCGAAAAUAUUCUUUUACCGUUUAUCAAUAAAUGGAGAAUUGCGAAAAUGUUAAAUCUAAUGUGUCCAAAAAUCUUAUUUUCCCAGUAUUAUAAAAACAUUUAAAAAUAAUUUUUUUUGAUAUCAG